CUCGGAUGUCGGAGCAUUGGGAACCGUCAGCCAACGGAUUCCGAUUAUGUAGUGAUCAUUUCAUAUCAGGUACAUAUCCCCACGGCUAUUAAAUACAAUAUCGUGUUUAUUCCUGCACGUUUUACUGCUCUUUCUGGCAUUUUACGUCACGAAAAAGGCAAGUUAGACAUACGGGGCUAUUAAGUGACGUCACUCGUAUGGAACGGGGUCGUGUCGGGCAUGUUGGGGGCUCUCGCCGUUGUUGUUAUUUUGGCUGUGUGCGGAUGUGUUACCUUACUUUUAACUUCAUUUUCUCGGCCCUUUGUAAAGUAUGGUGAGACGUUGCUGUGUCAUGCGGUGCAGCAGCGCCUCGCAUGAUCACAAAGGGAAACAAAUCGACAAUGGACUGAGUUUUUCCCGCUUUCCCACUUGGCGGCAGACUGAAGGGAAUCAGAUUUCAGGCAUAACAAGAAGACGUCGAAUGGCUUGGGUGUCUGCUGUCAAUCGAGAAAAUAUACCCACCGAGGGGGUUCCGCCAUCAAUGAGAGUGUGCUCCUUACAUUUUAAUUCUGGCAAACUGGCAUAUGAAAUGCGUGACUCGGAUCCAGAUUGGGCACCAUCUCUAUGUCUAGGUUACAGCCAGACCAAGUCUACAGACACUGCACGCAAUGCCAGACAACAAAACAGGAAACGGCAAAGGACACCUGAGAUGGCCUAAACCACAAUUAAUGACACCACAACUGAGGCACCAAUGCCACAGGGUCAAGAAGAAGCAGAGGGUGGAAAUGAAGUUUGUGAGCUUGCCCGCAAGAGACCGCUGACACCGACUCUAUUCCGUUUGGUAUCAGGGAAAAAAAGUGAAAACCCUCGGUCACCUGACUAUGUGCCCUCCAUCUUCAAGAACGUGCCAACCCCAGAGAAGAAAAGGAAAGGGAUGCAGCUGGAUGAAUUCGACAGAGGACAGAAGAGCAAACUCCAAAGAUGUGAACGAGUAUCUUCUCCACAAGACCGUUCUCUAGAAAGCAGCCUGCAGCCAACUGCAGAAAAUGACACAGAAGCUCCUGCAGAGGAAUCAACCUACAAAGAACUUAAAGAGGAUUUCCAGCCCAUUCCCACUGACAAUGACGAACUAGCGACUCCACUGUGUUCCAGUGAAACCUGUAGGAAAUACGUGAAAUAUCUUGAGUUGAAAUACCAAGCAAUAGAGAGUGAAAAUCUGCUGUUGAAAGAGAAAAUAAGCAGCACUGGACUAAAUGAGACUGGUCUCCAAAACUAUGAUAAAAAGAUCAAUAUUCUCACUGGUUUACCAACAUAUUCACUGCUGAUGACCGUCUUUAACGUUGUAGCUCCCUUUUUACAGCAGUCAAACCACUUUAGACUCACAAUAUUUCAGCAGUUCAUGCUGACUUUAAUUAAGCUGAAAAUGAAUUUGUCCUUUGACUUUUUGGCGUAUUAUUUUGGCGUCGAUUCAAGCGCCGUUUCAGAGGUUUUCAAACACUGUAUCAGUGUCAUGUAUUGUAGGCUAGUGCCGUGUCUGGUUAUAUGGCCUGAGAGAGAAUCUUUAAGAAAAUCUCUUCCAUGUGCAUUCAGUAACAGUUCAUUUGAAAUGACAGUGUGCAUUAUCGACUGUUUUGAAAUAUGCAUUGAGAAACCAAGCGACUUGUUAGCCAGUACUCAGUGUUUUUCAACGUGCAACACAAUUAAGUAUUUAAUCGCCAUCUGCCCCCGAGGCUCUAUUUGUUUCAUUUCCAAUGGGUGGGGAGGCCGAACGAGCGACAAGUUCAUCACACAGCAGAGUAACUUUUUGUCUCAUUUGCUCCCGGGAGACCUUGUUUUGUCGGACAGGGAUUUAGACGACGAAGACCACUCUUUAGAUUCUCCCGAAGCGGAAAUUACCAUACCGGUGUACACUCUUGGCAAUAACCAGCUAGAUCCUGUUAAGCUGGAAAACACAGAAUGUUUGGAAUCUCUCAGAACACACAUUGAAAAGGUCUUUGGUGUUCUGCAACAAAAGUACCCCAUUUUGCAAAGCACCAUGCCCAUUGGUCUCACCGACGUCGACCAAGAAAAUGAUGUGACCUACCUGGACAAAGUUGUCAAAGUAUGUUGUGCUCUCACUAAUGUCUCUGAAUCUCUUGUACACCUGCCUGAGCAGAACUACGGAUCGUCAAUCUGACAACAGUUGCUGGAUAAAGCAACUAAUGAUCAAUGUGCUGCAAUGUCUCAUCACAGAUUUAGUUACAGAUACACAAUUUUGAUUUUUCUUUUUAUAUCAAACCACUGUUUGAUAUAAGCUAUAUGCAGAACGUGCACAACAGAGGGUGAGAAAGCCUCUCCUCACUCUUCCCUUUAAAUGGAAAAACUAUGUUACAAUGUGAUUGUACACAUAAAAUAUUAAGGAACAUUUUCCAUAUUUUGUUUCUGCCAAAUGCAAAGAUAUUUUCUGCAAAGUUUUACAAACUGCACUUCUAAUACAACUCACAACAGCCAGCUCUGACAAAAUGUUUUUUUUUCUUUUAUUUUUCACUUACAUUGUAAACUCUUUGUAAAUAAACCUGUUUGUGUGUCAGUCA